AUGGCGAGACCCAACGCGACAGAGCCCCAUACUCCGCCCGUCUACCUGGGCGCAUCCCUCACCCCUGGCUCACAAACGCCCGUCGACUCUACACCCGCCUCUUCCGCCUCGACCUACGACACGCGUGCACCGCCAAGUCAGGCCGCCGGCCUCGAAGAUGCCGACCCGGUCAAGGACGCCGAGUCAUCGUCAGCGGCGCCGGCGCUCGGUCGCUCUGGCACCCGCCUCAGCUUCAAGCCGGAUACAAAGGAGCGCGCCGCCGACGUCAAGGACGAACUGAUGCGCAGGCAACGAAGCCGUCGCGGAGACGCCGCCGUCGCUGCCACCGCAACACCGGGUCGCCUCGAGCGGGUCGGAUCGACGGCAUCGCAGUGCAACCGCUGCGCCAGCCCCAACUACCCGGCCUCGGCCCUCUCCCUCACCCAGACACGGUCGCAAGAUCCCUCGGCCAUCUACAUCGACUGGCCGCCAAACGACCCAGAAAAUCCCUUCAAUUGGCCCAAAGGUCAACGGUGGCUGUUGGCAAUGACAUGCUUCUUCUUCACCACCUGCACCGCCUUCAACGCCACCGGCUAUCCGAUCGCCGCACCUGCAGUUGUCGAAGCCCUUGACACGACGACCACGCUGUAUCUUCUCGGCAACACCCUGCACCUGAUAGCGGUCGCAGUCACUCCGAUGAUCCUGGCACCGGCCUCUGAAGUCUACGGACGUCGACCCAUCUUCCUGGUGGCGACCUUCCUGUUCACGGUCCUCUUCAUCCCACAAGCGCUCGCACCCAACAUUGCAGCGAUCCUCAUCUCGCGCUGGUUCCAAGGCAUGGCGGGCUCGGUCGGCAACAGCAUGGCCGCUGGGCUCGCGAGCGACCUCUUCGUUGCCAAGGACCGCGGCUUCGUCAUGAGCCUCUACGCCGUCUGCGUCUUCCUCGCCCAGGGUGCCUCGCCCGCCCUGACGACCAUCACCCUGGCCCAUCACUCGUGGCGCGUCGCAUUCUGGUGGUACGGCGCCGUCGCCCUCCUGGGCUUCGCGUGCAUGGUCCUCUUCAUGAAGGAGACGCGCGGGCCCGUGCUCCUCAGCCGGAGGGCGAGGAGGUUGACAAAGGAGACGGGCAAGCUGCACCGGUGCCGCGCCGACGACGAGAGGCUGAGCGUUGCCAUCAUGAUUCGCAUCUCCCUCGUCCGGCCGUUUCAGUACCUGCUGCUCGAGCCGACGGUGCUGAGCUUCUCGCUGUGGAUCGGCUUCCUCUGGGGCCUCAUCUUCAUCUCACUCGAGGCGGUGCCCAUUGUCUUUGCAGAGUACGGCUGGGACGCGACCGAACAGAGCCUCGUCCUCCUCACCCUGACGCUCGGCGGCGCGCUGGGAUACGGCUUCAACUUUCACCAGGAGCGCCUGUACGCGCGGCAGACCAAGAAGUACGGGGGCAAACCGCCGCCCGAGGCGCGGCUGUACUAUGCGUGCGCCGGCGCCGUCGUGGUCCCCGUCGGCCUCUUCAUCUUUGCAUGGACGGGUCAGCCGAGCGUGCACCCAGCCGCGCCCAUCGUCGGCUUGACCAUCUUUGCUACCGCCCUCUUCCCCAUCUACCUGGCAGUGUUCAGCUACCUCGGUGACGUCUAUGAGCGCUAUGCCUCGAGCGCACUUGCAGCGCAAUCGUUCCUACGAAAUGUCCUCGGCGGAUGCUUCCCGCUCUUUUCGGCCUCAAUGUACCGCCAACUGACGCCGCGCAUCGCGUCGACGGUGCUCGGCGCGCUCGCCGUGGCGCUGGGCAUCGUGCCCUUCAUCCUGUUCAGGUAUGGCGACCGCAUCCGGCAACACUCAAAGGCGGCUAUGGCGCUGCAGCGCGAGGAGCGCGAGGCCAUCGAGUUUUUCGAAAAGGAGGAGGCGCGGUUGCGCGCCAAGGAGGAGAGGAGGCUCAGGAGGGAGAGGGCGCAGCGGCAGCGGGACCAGGAGGGCGUGAUUGGAGAAGAAAAGGUGGUGGAGGAGGAGGGCGAGCACGAAGACGAGCGAGAGGAGAUGGAGGAGGCUAGGGACGAUGCGGAUCGCACGGAGGACGACGAGAAGGCGGCGGCGGCCGAGGGCAAGGACGACGAGGACCUCGAGCUGGGUCGCACCAGGUCAAAGCCCUCGCAGCUGGGCCGCCGUAUGUCGUCGUGCGACUGCGCAGGCGGCAUGCCCUCGGUCAGCAUCUCCUGA